AUGUUGAAAAAGAAGGAAACUCUCACCAUCAUCACGCCUAUCCCGGGCUUCAUCCCGAGACAGCUCGCCAUCGAUCUUCUUCACUCCCAUGGUGAAAUCAUCACCCUCAACCCGCUAGUUCUCAGCCACAAACCCAUCCCCGCUCCUCGCAAUGCCGCCUCCGACGAGUACUACAGCACCUGGUACGAAAUCACAGAGCGCAUCCAGUACAUCCCCGGUUUGGGAAAGAUAGGAUCCGGAAAGCUUACAUUUAAUGGUUGCUUCCAUGAUAUGCCAUGGGGCAUGCAGUCGCAUAUAUAUAUUCCUCUUGGCAUCGAUAUGAGGAACAAGUACCGCAUCAUGGGCAACCAGCCCGGCAUUGAACCUCCAGAGCAGCCCGAACUUGGUCUUGAGAAGCUUGGCGCACCAAAGGAGGGCCUUUAUUUGCGUACAGAUGUCGAACUCAAAGCGAAUAUUACUCUAAUGGGGUUUGUCAAGGCCGAGUCGAGGAAAGCCAGUGUUGACAUGGUUAACCGUAUGGUCAAAAAGGCCGAGCUUCUCGAUGCUGGUUUGUUGAAAGCCAUGUUCCAAGAUGGGAAGCUCAAGACCUACAACCCAAAUGAUCGAUCCGAGAGUAGUCAAGCCCGACAGCAGGCUCUGCAAAAUCCCUCCACUGGCCUACCAGACACUCAGCACGCUGUUCUCCAUCCUGGCACAGGACCUAUGACUCCAGGUCCGUCGUACCAGCAGCCGUAUGGAUAUCAACCCCAGAUGCAACCUCAGCGCUCGCCAACGUACCCAUACGCAACUCCCGACAAUACUGGAUCUCAGUACCCCCAAAGUCCCUAUGUCUAUUCAGCUCAAACACCUCCACCUGGCAGCCAAUACCCAGGUCACACACCUCCACCCGGCGCGCAGUACCAGCAGCAACAACCACCACCAGUACCUCCCAAGACCAACAUCCAGAGCUUCCCCAUGGAACUCCCUGGUGACUACUACCACCCACAACAGUCCCCCGGUCUUCAGCCAAGUCCCGGCCACCCACCCAGCAACUUCCGCAACUCAACAGGAUCCUAUGAUCCAAGGUGGUCACAGUCCACCACCGAAUCGCACCGCAACAGCGCGCACUCGCAAUCCACAGGUGGUUAUCAAUCGCCUGCGCCGGGACAUCAGAGUUUUGCAGCAGAACUGCCUUCUCAUAACGAGACGAAGGAGGAAUAUAGACAUUAA